UCUGUGCCACACUAAUUCCUUCCUUGGCAGAUGCAAGUCUGUGAGGAUUAAACCCAGGAUUAUACAGCCUGACAACAAAGCCAAGACUCCUCUCACACCUUACAACUCAUGCUGCACAACUCUUGCCCGAGGAUAAUGAGAGGAAAUUAGACGACAACAUGCCAAGUGUUAAACACAAGAAAAAGAAAGUCAAAAAAGACAUCAAUGAAGUGGAGGAACCAGCAGGGACAGAGCCGUCUUUAGAAAUGGAGGGUGUUGUUGAGAGUCGCAGACAGUCUGAGAGCAAAGAGCCUUUGACUCCUGAGCUUCAGGACAAUCCACCACACAAGAAGAGGAGAAAGAAAAAAGCACACACUUUGGAGCAUGAGGGUGAACAGCAAGACCUCACAAAUGGAGAUGUUCAAGAGCCCCAAACAGAUGGGGAAGAAGUUACCAAAAAGAGCAAGAAGAAAAGGAAGACUAAGAUGUUGGAAAAUCAGUGCCAUAAUGAGCAAGGUGUUGAGGAAGAUGAUAUCAUCACCGACGUACACGCACCAAUUUCUCAACGUUCUCUGUUUUCUGCACCUCUGGGUCACAGCCAUUCAAUCGGAAAAGUGUUUGUAGAAAAAAGCAAACGCUUCCAGGCGACCAAUCGUUUGGAUUUAGCCAAUGAGCAGCUGGAGGAGUAUAUGGAGGUUAGGCCCAUGUGGAAUACAAGAGAUGUUGCCAUGAGGGUCCACAGCGGCUUCAGGAUAAUAGGACUCUUCUCUCAUGGAUUUUUAGCAGGAUACGCGGUGUGGAAUAUUAUUGUUGUGUAUGUGUUAGCCGGAGAGCAGCUGACCACACUUAUCAAUCUUCUCCAGCAGUACCACAGUCUGGCUUACCCAGCGCAGUCUUUGCUUUACCUCCUGUUGGCUGUCAGCACUGUGUCUGCCUUUGACAGGGUAAAUCUGGCCAAAGCCUCCAUGGCUCUUCGAGGAUUCCUUACACUUGAUCCAGCGGCUCUUGCUUCCUUCUUGUACUUUGCUGCUCUUAUUCUGUCUCUAAGCCAGCAGAUGACCAGUGAUCGGAUACAUCUCUACCCCACAGCCAAUGAGACACUUUGGCCUCCAGGUUCAGAACAUCAGAUUUUACAACCCUGGAUUGUGGUAAACCUGGUUGUAGCCCUCUUAGUUGGACUGGCCUGGGUUUUUGUUGCUACGAGACCAGACAUGGACUAUACUGAAGAGUUUCUGAUGGCAAUGGAGGUGGAGGAAUAUCCACGUCAUGAUGAUAAAACUGAGCUUGCAGCUUGAGAUACAAGAUUUUCAUCCAUGAUUUAUGAAUGCUAAGAAAUCAGUAUUGCAUUUGUUAGAGGGUAUCUGUAAAUUAAACAUUGUUUUGUGCUACAGUACAUGUUUUGUACUUGUACUUGAUUAUUGAGCAUAAUAUUUGUGUAAACAUUUAUAAUUAAACUUUUUUGUGCCAUU